CCUGUAACCACUGGAGAGAGAGGCAGACAGAGAGAGAGCCUUUUUUCCUCCACACAGACUGAGCUGUUGUUCUGGACUUUCUGUGAGUUCUAGUGGCACAUUAAUUUCUGAUUUUUAAGCAUAUCUUCUUGAAGAACCGGGACCAGGACCAGAGGAUUUGUGCUGUGUUGUGAUGCCUGCCAUUUUAUAACUGUGAUGGAGCUGCAGAUGAGAAUCAUCACCUCUUUUCUUUUGAUGGUCUCAUCUGCAGCUGAGGAGGUGACGAGUGAACUGAAAGGUGUUGAAGGAGGAUCUGUCACUUUUCCUGAUCCUGUGAUGGAGACUGGAUUUUUUAGUUAUGAAAGAACGACAGUUGCUAUUGUGAAGGACAGGAAAUUUGAAAUAUUUGGGGAAGCUUAUGAGGACAGAAUUUUCUGGAACAACCAAACUGGACUCUUCACAAUCAGAGGACUGAGGAGGACUGACUCUGGUGUUUAUACUGUUGACUCUAAAAAAGGAACUGUUUUCACUAGAUCUCAUAAACUCACAGUGUACGAGCCUGUGGCAGCUCCUGAAGUGAAAGCUGUGAACGUGAGCAAAGAUAACUGCACCUUAAUAUGUUCAGUGAAGAAAGCUGAGGCGAUGACUCUGCUGUGGUACAAAGAAGGGAAAAUACUGAAGCAGAGCAGCCUGGCUCUUUCUCUGCCUCUCAUUGUACAGGACUUCACUUCAGCUUAUUCAUGUGUGGCAGCCAAUCCUGCAGAGAAGAAAACGUUUGAUGUCAAUGCUACAUCCGUAUGCAGUUCAUCAAAUAAUGUAGAACCCCCAUCUGACACUCGUACAAAAAAUUUAAUCGCAAUCCCCAUUGUCUUGGCGGUGAUUGCUGUGCUUGCCUUGUUCAUCGGUUGGAAGUAUUUCAUCAAAAACAAGAAGACCAAUGAGACACAAGGCCCUAUGAAUAGGGAUUCGGUGAUUUACACAGACGUUCAAAUAAAUGAAGACCGACGCAAUCAGGCAAGAAACACACCAGACUCAUCAGGACCGAGUGAUCGAUCCAACCUAACAACUGUUUACGACAAGCUUCAGGUGCAUCGCAUCUCUAACGCAGAGACUGAUGAUCAUGUUUAUGAUCAAGCUAUUAGCUUUGCACGCGCAUGAGCAUCUUAAUGAUCCCAGAGACAGAGGAGAAUGUCAAAGUGUUUAUACCGAGCAGCUAUUUCUUGCAGAGGUAUUUAUACCGCCUGUGCUACCUUCUUGUUCUAGUUUGUUCACUGUUUAUUUGUGUGGUCCUACAUUUCACUAUUUUUUUUAUUGUGCUUUAAAUUAAAUUUUUUUCAUUAAAUGAA